GGUGCAGCCCAGGCAGGCCUCCUGAGCCGGUGCACCCUCCUGAGCACAGAUGCCAGCGGUGUUUCCCAUGCUCACAGCCCUGAGCAUGUUCUACUACAUGUGCCUGCGGCGCCGGGCGCGGGCGGCCAGCAGGGGGGAGAUGAACAGCCGGAGGGCCAUGGAGUCCAGCGCCAGGGCUUUGCCCCUCAACGUGGAGAUGGUUCAGUAUGCCAAGGAGGUGCUGGAUUUCAGCUCUCACUAUGGCAGUGAGAACAGCAUGUCCUACACCAUGUGGAACCUGGCAGGCAUCCCCAACGUCUACCCCAGCUCCGGGGACUUCACCCAGACCGCGGUGUUCCGCACCUACGGCACCUGGUGGGACCGCUGCCCCAGCGCCCGCCUGCCCUUCCACAGGACCCCCCCCUCCUUCUGCAGCCAGGACUACGUGGAGCUGGCCUUCGAGGAGCCAGUGUACCCCACUGCAGUGCACGUGCUGGAAACCUACCACCCUGGAGCCAUAGUCAGGAUCUUGGCCUGCUCUGCAAACCCUUACUCGCAGAACCCGCCGGCCGAAGUCAGAUGGGAAGUCCUUUGGUCAGAGGCACCCAGCAAGGUGAGCAGCCCCCAGGCUCGGCAGUUCACCCCCUGCAUCAAGCAGAUCAACUUCCCUACCAACCUGAUCAGGCUGGAGGUGAACAGCUCCCUGCUGGACUACUACACAGAGCUGGAUGCAGUCAUCCUGCACGGGGUGAAGGAGAGGCCUGUGCUGUCUCUGAAGGCCUCCCUGGUUGACAUGAGUGAUCUGGAUGAAGAGGAGGAUGAGGAGAGGUGUGGCUGUGACGAGGAGCCCCUCAGCAAGCAGCUCAGCAUGGUCACCCUCAGGGAGUGGCCAACCAAUGGAUACUUUGACAAGCUGCCUUAUGAGCUGAUCCAGUUGAUUCUGAGUCACCUCACGGUGCCAGACCUGUGUAGGCUGGCCCAGACUUGUAAGCUGCUGCACCAACAUUGCUGUGACCCUCUGCAGUACCUCCACCUCAGCUUACAACCCUACUGGGCCAGGAUCAAUGACUCCUCUCUGGAGCACCUCCAGUCGCGCUGCACGCUGCUCCAGUGGCUGAACCUCUCCUGGACUGGCAACAGGGGAGCCAUCUCUGUCUCUGGAUUUAGCAGGUUCUUGAAGGUCUGUGGCUCCGAGCUCGUGCGUCUGGAGCUGUCCUGUGGCCACUUCCUCAAUGAAACCUGCUUGGAGGUCAUCACUGAGAUGUGUCCAAACCUCCAGGAGCUGAACCUCUCCUCCUGUGACAAGAUUCCUCCGCAGGCCUUCGGCCACAUCGCCAAGGCGGGCAGCCUGCGGCGCCUGGUGCUGUACCGCACCAAGGUGGAGCAAACAGCCCUGCUCAGUAUUCUCAACUUCUGCUCAGAGCUGCAGCACCUCAGCCUGGGCAGCUGUGUCAUGAUCGAGGACUACGACCUGGUGGCGAGCAUGAUGGGCGCCAAGUGCAAGAAGCUGCGCAGCCUGGACCUGUGGCGCUGCAAGAACAUCACCGAGAGCGGCAUCGCCGAGCUGGCGGCGGGCUGCCGGCUGCUGGAGGAGCUGGACCUGGGCUGGUGCCCCACGCUGCAGAGCAGCACCGGCUGCUUCGCCACGCUGGCGCGCGGGCUGCCGCACCUGCGCAAGCUCUUCCUGACCGCCAACCGCUCCGUCUGCGACAGCGACAUCGAGGAGCUGGCGGCCGGCUGCACCCGCCUGCGCCAGCUGGACAUCCUGGGGACCAGGAUGGUGAGCCCUGCAGCCCUGAGGAAACUGCUGGAGUCCUGCAAAGACCUUUCCCUGCUGGACGUGUCCUUCUGCUCCCAGAUUGAUAACAGAGUGGUGCUGGAGCUCAAUGCCAACUUCCCCAACGUCUUCAUCAAGAAGAGCUUCACCCAGUGACUCCCACCUGCUGCUCUGGGAGGCCCUGGCCAGAGCUGUGGCCUGGGAGCUCUGAGGGGCCCACUCUGGAGGGGCUUUGAAGAAGAAUAUCUUGAAAAGAAUAUUCCUGGGAGGAGGAGAUGAGUGCCCUCUGAAAUGGUGGCAAAGAGGGAUCUGACCCAGGAGGGUGAAGCAGUUCAGUGGCUUGGGCACUCCUGAGUGCUGCUGCUGUAGCUCAGUUGCUGUGCCCUGUGCUGUGUGGCUGCAGGGAGGAGACAGUGAGGGGCAUGCUGCCCAGGGAGGGGGUGGGUGCCCCCUCCAUGGAGGGGCCCAGGUUGGCUGAGGGUCCUGAGCAAGCUGGGCUGGUGGGAGGUGGCCAUGGCCAUGGCAGGGGGUGGAACUGGGUGAGGAGAAGCUUGGGCAGCAGGUCAGUGAGGGGAUUCUGCCCCUCUGCUCUGGUGAGCCCUCACCUGCAGUGCUGUGCUCAGCUCUGGGGCCUCCAGCACAAGAGGGACAUGGAGCUGCUGGAGCAGGCCCAAGGUGGUCAGAGGGCUGGAGAGCUGCCCUGUGGGGACAGGCUGAAGGAAGUGGGGCAGC